UCUCCAACUAGUUCGCCGUCUUCUCAAAACAUGCACUCGUUGAUAGUGGGCAUCACCCAGAAGAACCUUGUUGGAGAUGUUAGUGGGAAAGAUUGACACCCAGCAAGCACAUCCUUCCAAUAGCAUCCCCAAUAAUACGAAAUAGCCAUCCCACCGCAAAUUACCCGAGGGCACCCCUUACCUGAGCUGUGCUGUCAUGCUCAAAGAACAUUCAAUUGGUGUUGGUGCUUUAGCCGAAAAGAAAAGCCAUGUGUUCAAGACCAAAAAAGUCAAAGUUGGCUUGGCUUCUCGUUCAACUUGAUCGAUCAUUUCAAACAGGGCUGACUUGGCGCCUUGAAACGAAAUCAUGCCCAGGUUAGAUGCAAAGGUGUUCUUUGUGGCUGUUGUUUCAGUUGUUGAAAAAAUUCUGAUACAAGAUCCAGGAACAAGUGUCUGCCAGGAACGAGCUUACGUUCCAUGAGUUCCUUUUCUCACAAAACCCCUGAACAACAAGUCAAUCUGGAAUCUCUGAGUGAGUUGAAACAAAGAGCAACUAUUUGCCAGCCAGGAACAACUCCCCUCCCGCGUUCCUAUCCAUGAGCUCGUAGCCGUAAUGGGGAGCUCAUCCUCCAAAUUCAAGAAGUACCUGCAGCAUGGGGACGAAUAUGCCGCCAUGCAAGUUUACCAAAGUUCGUCGGACCUACGGAAGGCCCUUCAGCCCAACUUCAGCUACGGGGACCACCACAACCACAAUACACCCCUCCAUUAUGCCUCACGACAUGGGAUGAAACAUUUGAUUCGAACUUUUAUCAACGACUUGGAUGGUAAUCCGAACAAACGUAAUAGUCUCCGGCAAACCUCGCUGCAUUGCGUGUGCGAUGUGAAGCAACAAAAAUCACCCUCGGCCCUGGAGCGGCGAGCCUAUAGUGUGAUCCUUCUGCUCAGUUGGCGAGGACCGUUCCUUUCCACGGGUGAAAGGGAGCGCAUGGAUGUGAACGCUCGGGAUAACGGGGGAAACACUGCCCUUCAUUAUGCUGCUCAAUCGGGGUUGGGAAAGUGUGUGGAGUAUCUUGUAGCCCAUGGCGCUGAUUUAUUCAUUGAGAACAAGGAAGGAUUGACGGCAUGUGAUCUGGCCAUGAGGGAAAAUGAUCACCGCAUUGCACAAUUCUUGGAGUCAAAGAUGGUGUUCAGUGGUACCCCCGAGUCGGCCUCUGGGGAAAGUAGCGGGGCCCGAGCUUCAAGUUUUGAUGGCGAAGAGGAAGUUUAUUGCGGUUUACGAGCUCAAGAUCUCCAAGAAGCCAAGGACCAAUUGCUAGUGGAAACGGCAGAUAUGUUGCACAUUCCACUCUUUACUGCUGAAGCUCUCCUGAGACAUUCCGAAUGGUCACGGGAAAAUUUACUAGAGCACUGGAUGCGAGAUCCGAUUCAGACUUGUCAGCUUGCGGGCGUCCAGACCCCCUUCUCCGCUUUACGCCACUCAUCUCUCUAUCAGUUUGAGCAAAUUUCAUCCGAAUAUCAUGACCAAACCAGACAGCAAGACUACUCAAACAAGGGCAGACCUGCACAUGCCAGUCUCAAGUCAAUCAAAGGGCCCACUAAUAAAGCGCUUCAUCCCACACCCAAAAUUCACUCGGAGAAUAGCUUCAUCGUCGAUGAGGAACUAGCCGAAGAAGGACUUUUGUGCGAGAUUUGUUGCGACCUCAUGACUCCACGACCUGUGGACAAUGAUCUGAGCUGCGGGCACCGCUUUUGCACUCGAUGUUGGAAGAAUUAUCUUCAUAAUAAGAUCCAAGAGGGCAACACCCAAAACAUACUUUGCCCAGCGUACGAGUGUGAGAUAUUGGUCCCCAACCAAGUCAUCGAAUGUUAUGUCAGCCCUCAAAUGGCCAGAAAGUUUUUAAAGUUCGACAUCAACGCUUUCGUUGAAACGAAAAAGGACAUCAAAUGGUGCCCUUUCCCCUCAUGUCAGAGAGCGGUGAAUCUUCCCACCACCGAAAACGAGGUGAGCGGAAUUGCUGCCAACGUCCAAGUUUCCCACGCUGUGGAUUGUGGAGGUGGCCAUUUCUUCUGUUGGGAGUGCGGCUCCGAAGCCCAUGCCCCUGCGGCUUGUCAUCUGUGGAAGAUGUGGCUCAACAAGUGCGCUCGUGUGAACCCUGGCGAACUCACGUUGACCUCGCAAGAUUACCAGGACGCAGCUAAUUGCCUUUGGCUUAUCACGAACUCCAAGCCAUGUCCAAACUGCCAGUCGCCUAUACAGAAGAACGACGGUUGCAAUCACAUUAAGUGCUCAAAAUGCAAGCAUGACUUCUGUUGGGUGUGUCUGGAGAGCUGGAAGAAACACAGUACUGCCACCGGUGGCUACUUUCGCUGUAAUCGUUACACAACCACGCCGAGGGUGGAUGAGGGAGUGGAUAAGCAGGUGAACCGAAUGGGCGAGAAGACCAAGAGGCUCCGCGAACUUAACCGAUUUGUGCACUACUAUACUCGUUACAAGAACCACGAAAAUUCUCGACACAUGGAGGAGCCUCUCCUUCACUCAGCCCGCCGUAAACGAGAGCUCUUGGAGUCGUCUCUUGAGAGAAAUAGGAAGCGACGAGGUGGAACAGAGGACCGUCAAGCCAGCAGAGGGAUAUUGGAGGAUGAGCAAGACAAUAUAUUGUCCAGGAACACCAAGUUCUAUGAGGAUGGUGUCUGGGAGCUAGUUAAGGCUAGGCUUAUUUUAGCUGGUAGUUACGCUUAUGGUUUCUAUCUCUCGGAGGAUAACAACAAUGGCCAACCACAGAAUCAGAAUCGAGUAGCUAUUUUUGAGUUCAUGCAAAAUGAGCUGGAAGAGAUGACAGAGCGUCUCUCCGAGAUGAUCGCCCGACCCUAUCUACGUACACCACGAAGAACCAUCAUUCAGACAUUCCAUCUUUGUAGGAGAAAACGUCAAGAGUUCCUCCGAGCGUGCUACAGAGGUCUUGUUCCACCAGAGCCCAAUUCUAUUGAGCCAUUGCGUGUGCAUCACCAAGCCAAUCUGGCACCAAGCUCGCUCUCUGGCAGUCAUACAAACUAUUCCAAUCAUUUGCGGUCGAGAGAAAUCAAUAGCAUGGUGGGAUUGAACAUCGAUCGAAAAAGAUUGGUCGAAUGCAUAACCGACGACAUCUAUGGGUCUGGGCCAGUGUGGAAACGAGAUGACAAACAAAUGACCGUGGGGCGACACAACUGCUCGAAAUGUCGGAGGCCCAGUUGCACCACACAAAUGUGCAUCUCAACCUCCGAGCUCCAUCACCACCGCGAGAAGUAUGGAACAAAUUUCAUGAGCUUGCGUAGAGAAAAGCCGCCCAACAUCACGAGUGGGACCACUGGGUCGUUUUCUUUAGCCAGCAAUAAUUGCAGCACGAGGUCGGGCCCAAGGGUUCUAGGAAAUCGUCGCCAUACUGAAUAUGUCUCGUCCUCAACGGUUCAAAGAGAGGGAAAUCUUGAUCUAAUGAUGGCAGUCGAGUUAUCCCAUAUGCAAAUGAAUCCAAACGAGCGAGGAAAUGGUGUGCCAAUGAGAGCCAUGGGACCCAGGCCGAGCAAGUCUGACGACAACAUUUUAUCCUCCUCGUUGGGGACCAAUCGAUUAGACGUUGAACAAUUAUCCCUAUCGUCUUCGAAAGAAGAACUGCGUCAAAUCAAUAUGGCCAUUGAACUUUCAUUGAACUCGGAUUCCAUGCCAGGGCGGAACGAGGUGUGGCAAGAGCAAGUUUUCGUCUCCCCCCGCAGAUCGGAGGGUUUGGAGAGAGUCAUAAAACGGUCUUCUCGGGGGAAAGACACUCAAGGGGAACAGUCCGACGAUAAUUGCAGCUCUCACAAAGAGCCCAAAGUCAAAGUGUUUCCCUCAGAACCACGUCAAAAGAGUAUAACGGACUCUUCUAAUGAGACCGUCAGCUCGUUUCUGAAGAGCCUCACAAUCAAAGAAGCGGAGAUAGACACAUAUUCCGUAUCGCCUCAAAAGAAAAGUCGAAAAGAUAGUUGCUCUCGUUCUUUGAUUCAAGACCAUUCCUCCUCUCCGUCUUUGAAUGACCAGCCACCUUUAGCCAAGAGAUCAGGGGAAAUCGAAGAUGGUAGAUUCAAGGUAGGAGAGUUCCAGGUCAGUUCUGAGAAAGAGGGGAAAAGCCUAGAGGGCAGUCCACAUAUGAAACGGUCACAAUCCUUAGGGGAUAUGGAGGACGAAGCUAAGCCUCAAUCUGCUUCUUCAAAGGAUCGAAAUUCAUAUACCCAGUCCAAAGAGGUCGCUGCCACGAGUGAUCAAGACCAAUAUCCUGGGCUUGUUUAUGUGUUGUCCAGGAAGGAAAGUAAAAACCUCACUUCUAAGAAACAAAGUGAAGACAAUUCCGAGUCAAUACCCACUAAUACCAGGGUCGGGCCUGCUGCUCGAAAGUCUAAUACUGCGCCGAGGAAUGAAAAACCAUUUGUCGAAACGGCAACAAAGCCCAGCACUGAGGAUGAGCCCAACAGACAGAUUGGUGAACAACCAACGCCUAUUGUGGUUGCUUCUACGUUGCCUCCAACUCCAUCACAAGCCCAGUUACCAAGUUCGGUUAAUGGACAGCAAAAGCGAAUCCGACCGAGAUUUGUUCGUCAAAAGUCCUUCGAAAUUGAUAGCGACAGCACGGAUGUGGAAACCAGCUACCAUGACAACCCCAUCCUAAGAAAGUCCAAAAGCGCAGGCCAAGAGCUUACGAAAGAAGUCAAAGAAACAGACCACUUCUACAACAUCCCAACUAAAGAUGAGACAUCAUCGUCAUCGACCACAAAGGCCAAGAAGCCAACGAAGAAGCCUGGCCUCACCAUCAAAAUUGAAAACAGCUCAUUCAUUGAAGAUUCUGAGAGCGAAUUGGAUGCCUUGGCCAAAUCGCCGACUUUUCACAUCAGUGGUGUUUCCAUUUCCCGGAGUCCUGCCAGUCCAGGGAUGCGCUCCCCAAAGAAAGGGGCCAAUAUAGGCUACUCGGAUUCGCCUAUAACCAAUCAAUUGAGUGGUUGCUCAUCACCAAGUCUGGUGGAUAUCUCCAACCGAUAUCGUUCAUCAAGUCUUGUUGUGCCACCGCCUUCUUCUCUGUUUUCAAUGUCCCCCGCCAGUCCAGGUUCCAAGUCCCUUCAUCUUUGUAACUUUUCCACGUCGCCUCGUCAUCACAGCCGAGCUUCCCCCAACACCUCCAAGUUUCUGUUUCCACCACACCCCAUGGAACCUGGUAAUGCCAACCCAGAUCCUGAUCCCGGCGAAAGAGGGCCAGGCGAGACCUCGUUCAGUUCUGUCCUCCAUAUUCAUGACAGCUACUUAAGCAGUGAUGAUUUUCACGAGGCUCUCUUCCUAGAGAAAUCUCCCAAAGCGGUGAAGCGGAAACGAAAAUCGAAGAAGAGUGUAACCAUUGGUGGAACCAGUAGUGUGGGUAAUAGUGCUUCGUCUUUGGUCCCCGAGAAGGCACCGAGCAAAGAGAACAAGAGCUUGACAGCUACGUAGGUUGUACCACAGACCUCGUCGUAGAUUGUAUGCACUUGACAAAGCACUCGGCCGCUCUCUCCAUAUUCUUCUCUUUCUGUCUCUCUCUCUCUCUCUCUCUCCCACUCUCUCCCCCUCUCUCCCCCACUUUCUCUCUCUCUUUUCCUCGUGCUCGAGAGGUUUUGCAUUUCUCAGGUUCUAAAGGCCCAUUUUAGUAGCACAUGUAUGAAGUCCAACUUUUGCACCUCCCAUCCCCCCUCAGAUAUUAAGGAAACUACAUGCCUCGUCUUUCUAUGUAUGGUUCUAGAGAUUUUUUCACUUUUUGAUGUCAAAAGAUUAGCGCUCUCUAUAUAUUUUCGCAGCAAAGUCACCUCUUCCCCCUCAAUUCCCUCUCCCAAAGAAAUCCCGUCAUCAAAUGUUCCAUGCAUUAAUGUCCAUGUGCCAAUCAGACGUUUCCCCUCUCUGAAUACUGUUUGAGUAAGAGUAGGUAUCAUUGUUUAUUGAUUAUCGUCACUACCAUCCACAUUACACGAUUGUUUCUACGACACAAUGAAUACUUCAGGAAUCAUCCCUUGGUUAGUUACCAAUGUCUAAGUCUGCUUUAUCUCAAGCUGUCUGGAAUGAAUAUGUCUGGAUGACAACCUCACCAAGUACCAACGAUAUGUGCUUUGAAACUUCCUUUAUGGCCUCAGCCCUCUCAACGUAUUGAAUAAAAGUUCCACCAAAUCUCACUCCCAAGACUAUAAUGAAACCUUGAUUUUUUUUAUAUUUUUUUUUUGUAUUUCUGUCCAAAAUAACAGUUGGAAAAUUUCAGGACGACAAGAUGAAGUGUUGCCUUAUAAUGUACUCAGAGGAUGACAGUUUCCAUGAUGAUUUGGUAAAAAAAAAAAGAAUGAGUCUCAAAUCAGUGAAAACAAGGUUAUACACUAUACACGUGUCUUGUUUUUACACGCCUUUGGCAGAUAAAUAUAGCUCCACGGAAUUAAUUCCCGACCGAGCGGCUAAGAGUUGGUUCACUUUUUUGAAGAAUUCGUUACGUCGAGCCCUUUAAAGCAAACAUAUGCUCUAUAUUUUAAGUCUCCAAGAAACCAGAGAGAUACGAAACCUUUGCCGCCCGCAUGUUUUGAUUUCACAAACUAAGAACCAGUUGAUGGGAUUCUGGUACAAUAACCACACUUAAGUUUAAAGCGCUUUGAAGAACAUAAGGGUAUCCCAAUAAGGUUGAAGUUGGAUUUUUCUGCCUACACCUUUGUAGGCAAGCACUCCAAGGCCGAGGCCCGCAAAAUGGGGCCUAUA